AUGGCUGAUACAUUGCUUGGGUACAUUGACAAGAAUGCCGACACAUACUUGCAAGACUUUGAGAUUUCAGACUCAGAUGAUGAGAAUGUUUGUGAAGGUCGUCCUAGCAAGAGUUUGAAAGCUAUGCUCAAAGCAUUUGAUGAAGUUCCAAUGUCCACAGCAUUCUCAGGCAUUGAUGCUCCUGGAACUGGUCUUUGUCAGCAACUGUCGGAGUUGAAUAGCAGAGUUGGCGAAGGGCACCAGCGAAAUAAGAUUGCAAAACCAUUGCAUUUGAAUGCAAUAGAGUGGUUUCAGCCGAGCCAAUCUGAACUUCUUUGUCAUCCAUGCAAGCCGCACUGUCUUUUUGGUGACAUUACUAUGUCCUUGACUCCUUUCCUACGCGGACUGUUUCCACAACUGGUUUUGAAGCAGAAGCUCAUGGAGGUUUUGAAGCCGGUGAUCAGUCUUCCAGAGAGCAUUCUAGUGCUUCUUAGGCAGAACGAAGAGGCGCUUCAGGCUGAGCUGGAUUGGUCAUUGAGCAGACCAGGAUCUAGGUCCUACGGGCAAUCUUUGAAGGUGAGCGAUCCUCAAGCCUUUGUCAAGAGCCUGACUGUCGCAGAAUAUGACUUCUAUUUGAAGUACAAACAGAAUUCUCCAAAAGGCAUGUACAGCCUGAACCAGAACCCACAAAAGCGUGGAAUGCAAGCAAAGCUCAACCAGGAUUGUUUGUGUGCUAUGUUCAUCAGACUUUGGAAACCAAUCAUGGUGACAGACAUGAGCACUUUGAUCAAGUCUGGUACUUUGUGGUUCAGCGACUAUCACCUUCGAUGGCUUACAGCUGCUGAGGCAUUGACUUGCCAGGGAUUUCCUGUUCACCAGAAGUGGUCCUACAACAACCCUUGCUGUUCCUUUGCAAUGCGGAAUGCUGGAUUGUGCAGGGUGGCUUCUCCCAGCAGGUCAGCAAUGAUAGGCCAAGCUGGUAACAGCAUGCACACUGAGGUUUCUGCGGCUAUUUUGAGCUUUGCUUUAUUGGAGGUUCAGAUCGACAAGUUUGCCCGCCAGAUGUUCAGUACUUGCAUACAUAUUGCGCCUUCAUUUACAGCACCUGGACCAUCAGCACCAUGUCAAGAAGAGCGUGCUGUAGAUGGUCCUGUGAAGCAGUUCAGGUCAAGCGGUCAAGCCUGA